UGGCCCGUCUACCGGUUCUUGGUCUCUGGGUCCAAAAAUUACGGGAAUAUUAGGGCAUUGUGGUCAAUAUUCCGGCAAGGCAGGCCCAAAAUUGGACUGACAUUACUGCAUGCGAAAUGGACGGUCGCCAAGGACUAGCAUUGCGCGUGGCAUCGUCUGUCCAUCACAGCCAUGCCUGGGUCACCAAUUUCAUGAUUCUGACGCUGGAUUGGCCAAAAACAUUGCAUUCGAGAGCGUUCGAAACGAUCUAGGAUUGGCCACAUUUCGAACCAAUGGGCGACGGCGGAUGCGGAUCUUUUUCGCGACGCUUCACUUCCACACGCCCGCCGCCACGAUGAUGGGAAAGGACUCGCCGUUCGGCAACCUCAUGGCCGAGGCAGUCAAGCUCAAGGGUGCGCAGCAAGCGCAGCUGCGACCCGUCUGGGACGCGUGGCCGACCUACUUUCAGCACUCGAUGUUCAUGUCGGAGCCCAUUGUGACGCUUCGGACGCAGCCGUUCGGGGCCCGAAAAGCAGCCGCGCUCGAGAUCAAGCAGAAAGGCAACGCCUUCUUCGCCGACCAGCAGUACGAAGAAGCGGUCGCGCAGUACGAAAUGGCGCUCUCGAUCUUCAAGUACUGCGAGAACGCCGACGUGAACUGGAAGAAGAAGGGCAUCCACGACGACGACAUCCGCGUCGUCAUGUACACGCCCGAGUCGGCCGCCGACGCGAUCGAGCUCACGUCGCUCCAAGCGUCGCUGUACCUCAACAUUAGCGUCUGCAAAAUGCGCCUAAAGGAAUUUCCCGUCGCGAUCGUUGCCUGCGACGAUGCCAUUGCGCUCGACAGCACUUGCGCCAAGGCCUUCUACCGCCGCGCCCAAGCGCUCAUCACGCCCUUGUCGUCGGGCGCCGUCGAGUUUGAAAAGGCGCUCCGCGAUCUCGACACUGCGUGCAAACUGGACCCGACGAGCGUCGAGAUUCGGAAGCUCUACCGCCAACUCCGCGACGACUCGAUCAAGCAAAAGCAGCUCGACAAGGCGACGUUCCAGGGCAUGUUUGAUCGUGGCGUCGUCGUCGACACGCCCGAUGAGCCCGUGGACGCGGCCGACGCGCGGCGCAAGCAAAUGGAGCAAGAGCUUGCCGACGCGAACGCGGUCGUGCGCAUGUACGAGGCCAAGGGCGAGCUCGAGAGCGCGCGGGAGCUGCAAGCCAAGAUCGAUGAAGCCAAGGCCGCGGCGACACGGGCCCCAGCGCCCGUCGACUUUUACAACCCGACGCCCGACAUGAUUGCCGACGGCCACGCCAACGGCAUUGACCUGACCGACGUGCGCGUGCAAAAGAUGCUCGCGGACCUCCAGUCCGAGCACUUGGCCAACGGCACGACACCGGCUGCGUCGAAGAAGCCCCGACCCCGAGCUCAGCUCUCGGCGUUUGACACUGCGCUGCUCGAAGCCGACGAGAUCCUCCCGACGCUCUCAGACGACGAGAUCUCGACGCUCUUGCGCGCCGAAGGCGUCGUCGCCCUUGAUGCCGCCGAGCGCCUCGCGACAGCGCGCAAUGUACUUGCGACCAAGCUCUGCCGGGCGCCGUCUCCAUCUCAAACCGAGUCGCAGGACUCAAGCCAGAGCAGCCAAGCGAUGAAGCCUGUGCUCUACGUCGUCUUGCUCUGGGCCCUUGGCCGUCUCUACUCGAGCGGCGGUCUCGGCAUGCUCUACAAUGGGAUUUCCGAUCUCCUUUCGCGCCCGUCGCCGUCGCCUUUCGACGGCUUUGACGAGUUUUAACCCCAUGCAUAUAAUUCUAGUUUACAUCUAGACUAUCCAGCGUAGUUGUCAA